AAUAAAUUGCAUCCAAUGAAAACGAAGUGUGUAUGAUUUGAAUUUGUGCAACGGACGUGUAUUGAUUGGGGGUUAUGAUGUUGUGAAGGCUGUGAUAAUUGUGUUUGGAAGUGAAAGGCGUUGAUAACAAGUUAUAUAUUUUACUGUUGUAACGUUAUAAAAAUGUCAGCCGAAAUAAAAGUUGCCAUUAAAGUCCGCAAUUUAAUAGAGAGAGAAGAAUCGGAAGGUUUAAUUAUUCAGUGGGAAGUAAAAAAUAAUUCAAUCUUCCAAAAAGAUAGUGCUGGAAAAUUAAAGGAGUGUUAUUUAUUUGAUCAUGUCUUUGAUCCCAGAAUUAAGAAUUUUGAAGUAUUUAACACAAUAGCAAGACCAAUAGUUGAUUCGUCUGUGGGAGGCUUUAAUGGUACCAUAUUUGCAUAUGGACAGACUUCAUCAGGAAAAACUUAUACUAUGAUGGGAAGUCCAGAUGAGCCUGGUAUUAUUCCACUGACAAUUCAGUACAUAUUUGAAGCUGUAAACAAAGUAAAAGGACGUGAAUUCUUGCUCAGGGCAUCUUACAUCGAAAUUUAUAAUGAGAAAGUAAAUGACUUACUUGAAAAAGGUAAAACUGGACUGAAACUCCGUGAAGUGGAAGGUAGUGUCAUAAUUUGUGGUCUAAAAGAGGAAGUAGUUCAUACUCCGGAGAAGUUUAUGCACCUGAUGAAGAGAGGAGAAAAUAUUCGGCGUUUUGGGGAAACAAACAUGAAUGAAAGAAGUUCUCGAUCACACACAAUUUUUCGAAUUAUUAUUGAAAGCCGUGUACCCAAUGAGGGGGAGAAUGGUGCCGUUCAGGUGUCGCAUUUGAAUCUGGUGGACUUGGCUGGUUCCGAACGAGUUGAUCAGACGGGGUCAAAGGGUGAUCGGCUUAAAGAAGGCUGCUCUAUCAACCGUUCGCUCUUCAUGUUGAGUCAUGUUAUUUCGCAGCUGAGCGAGGGACAAGAUCAAUACGUGAGCUUCCGAGACAGCAAACUUACGAGAAUACUUCAGUCGUCGCUUGGGGGGAAUGCACAUACUGCUAUCAUUUGUGCAGUUACUCCAGCUUCUAUAGAGCAAACUGCAAGCACACUUGGUUUUGCAUCAAGAGCAAUUCGUGUCAAGAAUAAACCACAGGUUAAUGAAGUGUUAUCUGAUGCAGCGUUACUCAGACGCUAUGCUCGACAGAUUACUAAAUUACAGACUGAACUGGAAAAAACAAAAAACACAAACAGAAUCGAUGAAGUAGAAGAAAUAGAAAGCAAACUGCAAGAGCAACAGCGACACAACGAACUUCUACAGGAACGAAUAGACCUUCUAAAAGAGAAGCUGAUUGGAUGCGCUGCAACUGACACUAUAGCCAUGGAUAAAAGAAGAGAACUUCGAAGGAGGACUUGGUGUGGUCGCGCUUCUCGAAAAUCUGUAUUUCCUAAUAUGCCCCUUGAAACCGUCGAUGAAGGGGCAACAAGCAUGUUGCCAGUCUUCAAACAAGAAUAUCUGUCUUCUUCAAUACAGGAGCUGACAGGCAAUACAUUCUUCGAAACGCCAUUAGAAGAAUUUGAAUUGCAGCUAAUGCAUGCCGAAAGUAGAUUGUCUCAAGACAGUAUCGUAUCACCUGAACGUCCAUCUUGUAAUAUCACAGUUCGUAAGGGUAAAAAACAGCAUGUCACGUUUGAAGACCAAGCUGAGUACACUGGAUAUCAAUCCAAGGACACAGUAGAAAUGGGUUCCCAAACAGAUGCUUUUCCCAUAAAUUUUUCCAGCCAUUCAACUGACACACUACAAAGUAAUUUUAAUGAAACGCCCCCUCGUGUUCUGAGGGAACGUAUCAAACACUAUCAAAAGGAAUACGAUGAGCUCCGAGACUUUACAGUCCUUGAGAAGCAGAUAUACAAUGUUGGCUCUUACAAAGAGUUAAAUCAACUUGAAACGGAGAAUAGACACCUGCAAAAGUCCAUCGGUGAUCUGGAGGCAAUGAUUCUCGAUGUGAACUGCACCAACUCUAAACUUUCUGGCGAAAACAAGUCCUUGAAAGAGAGACUUGAGAAAGAGUCAGAAAAAUGUAAUGAUUUGACAGGCCAUUUUCAGACAUUACAUGAAACGGAAGCAGCGUUAUCAGAAAGGUCGCAAGAAAUGGUAACUUUGAAGAAGCAGUUGAAUAUGGCAAACCAGAGAAUAAAACAUUUGGAAAAUGAGAAGAAUGAUUUUGAUAUGAUACGAGAACUGGCCGAAGGAAAUUUAAAAAGGAGGAAUGAGGAAUUAACUCACAGCUUGGAGGAUGCAUUGAUGAAACUAAAAGAACUCCAUCAAAGUGGCAGUAAUGUAUUAACAGACGACAUGAAUAAACAUAUCCAGACCUCGAAAGAAGAGGAUGAUCAUGUCGCAGAACUGAAACACAACAGCGAAGAAUUGACCGGGAUAAGUACGUGUACUGUUGAUCUAAACAAAUUACAAGAUGAAAUGAAGGUCUUGAGGGAAGAGAAUUCUAUGUACAUUCAGGAAUUGAAGGAAAAGAAUACAUACCUAGAACAGCUGAAACAAGAAAAUGAACAGCUAAAAGUGAAUGACUUAAGCGCACACUUGGACAGUGCGAAAGAGGAGUUGAAUUCACUGCAGGAAAUCAAUUUAUUGUACGUUGGACAGCUAAAGGAAAAAGAUGAACAUCUUGAAAUGCUGACAAAACUGAUCGAAGAACUAAAUUCUGAGAAAGCAGAAAGUGUAAAGGACAUUCAUGACUCAAAAGAAAAUAAUGUUUGUCAGGUGGAACAAAAUGGAAAUUUUGCAGAAAUUGGCACGUGCACAAGUGAUUUUGUAGCACAGGAAGACGAUUCAGUGUAUGGAGGACACCGUGCAUAUGUUGAACAACUGGUGGAAAAGGAUAAUUAUCUUGAAAUCGCGAAACAAAGUAUUGAAGACCAGGAUUCUGUAAAAGAUGCUGACUUGAAGGAUGUAGAACAGUUGCAGGACGAGAUUAGAUGUCUUGAACUGCUGAAAAUGGAUAAUGAACAGCUGAAGGAACAAAAUUUGUUGUACAUUGAACAGUUGAAAGAAAAGGAUAGAAGUCUUGAAAUAUUGAAGCAUCAGAUUGAAGAUUUGAAUUCCGUAAAAAUAGCUAAUUUAAAAUAUGUUGAUGAAUUGGAAGAGAUUGAUUUUACUGGGCACAAAGAAAUUAUUUCGCUCGAGGAAGAUAAUUCUAUGUGCAUUGAGAAACCAAAGGAAAGGGAUGAUUAUCUUAAAAUGCUGACACGACAAAUUGACGGUUCAGAUCCUGUAAAGAAAUAUAAUUUCAACUACAAUGAACAAUUGCAAAAGAAGGAAAAAUGUCCUGAGGUGAUGCUUCAACAAAAUGAACUACAGGGAACAAACACAGAAGGGCUGAGCGGCGUGCAAGAUGACACAAAGUCUGAGGAAGGGGAUAAUUCCCUUCAUACACUGACACAACAGACCAGAGACUCGGAUUCUGCGAAAGAAGCUAAUUUUAAAUGCUUCGAACAACUGCAGGAUACAUGCCUUGGACAGUUGACACAAGAAUUUGAAGAGCUGAAGGGAAGUUUAUUAAACACUCAGGAGAUGAGUAGCAUUCGAGAUGAAGUGAAGUCUGUGGUUGAAAAUAAUUUGACAGGUAAUGAACAAUUGAAAGUAAAGGAUGAAUGCCUCGAAUUGCCGGAAAAGAAGAUUGACCAAAAUAUAGAACUAAGUAUUACAGAAAGGAAACGGAAUGAAGAAAAUUUGUUCCAUGCUGAACAGUCGAGGGAAAUCAGUAACCAUAAUGAAAUGCUGAAACAUCAUAUUGAAGACUUGGACUGUAUGAAAGUAGCUCAUAUCAAAUGCAUUAAUGAACUGAAGGAAAAAAUUAUCAGUUUGCACAAGGAAAUAAAUAUGUUGAAAGAUGAGAAUUCUGUGUAUAUUAAACAGCUGAGAGAAAAAGAUGACUAUCUUCAAGUUCUGACGCAACAGAUCGAAGAACUGAAUUCAACAAGAGAAUCUGAUUUGAAGUGCUCUGAUGAAUUUAAAGAGAAUAAUAUUAAACAGCAGGAUGAAAUUGUUUUCCUAAAGGAAGAGAUUUCCAGCUACCUUGAACAGUUAAAGGAAAGAGAUAAUCAUUUUCAAACACUAAAACAGCAGAUUGAGGACAUGAAUUCUGUAAAAGAAUUUAAUCUGAAAUGUAUUGAUGAAUUGAACUUAAAUAAUAUCAGAUUGCAGGAAAAAAUUAAUUGUCUGAACGAAGAGAAUUCAAUGUACAAGGAACAAAUUAUGGAAAAGGAUAAUAAUCUUGAAACGCUGCAUCAGCAGAUUAGUGCCAUAGGCUUUGUAAAAGAAGCAAAUAUCAAGCAAAUUAAUGAAUUGAAAGAUUUCAAUGUGUCUGUGCAAGAAGAAAUGUAUUCCAUGAAAAACGAGAAUUCUACGUACAUUAAACAGUUGAAGGAAAAAGAUAAUAAUCUUGAAGCACAAAAACAACAAAUUGAAGACUUGAAUUCUGUAAAAGAAGAUAAUUUGAAGUCUGUUGAUGAAUUGAGAAAGAGUAAUGUCGGAAUGCAGGAGGAAAUUGAUUCCUUGAAGAAAGAAAUUUCUAUGUACAGUGAACAACUGGCAGAGAAGGAUAAUUAUAUUGAAACACUGAAACAAGAGUUGAAGGCCCUGGACAAUGUAAAAGAAAUUAAUAUCAAAUACACUGACGACUUGAAACAGAAUUACGUCAAUGUACAGGAUGAAAUUAUGUCUCUGAAAGAAGAAAACUCUACGUACAUUAAACAGUUGAAGGAAAAAGAUAAUAAUCUUGAAGCACAUAAACAACAAAUUGAAGACUUGAAUUCUGUAAAAGAAGAUAAUUUGAAGUCUGUUGAUGAAUUGAGAAAGAGUAAUGUCGGAAUGCAGGAGGAAAUUGAUUCCUUGAAGAAAGAAAUUUCUAUGUACAGUGAACAACUGGCAGAGAAGGAUAAUUACCUUGAAACACUGAAACAAGAGUUGAAAGCCCUGGACAAUGUAAAAGAAAUUAAUAUCAAAUACACUGACGACUUGAAACAGAAUUACGUCAAUGUACAGGAUGAAAUUAUGUCUCUGAAGGAAGAAAAUUCUGCGUUCAUUAAACAGUUGAAGGAAAAAGAUAAUUAUUUUCAAACAUUAAAGCAACAAAUUGAAGACUUGGUUUCUGUAAAGGAAGCUAAUUUGAAAUAUAUUCAACAACUUGAAAAGGAUAAAUAUGCUGAAGUCUUCAGAACUGAUAAUAAUGAAAGAAGCUAUGAUAAUGGUGUUUUUACAGCAGAAGUAGAUCACUGCAGGAAGGAACUUCCAGCUGAAUCGAGCGUAAUUGAUAAGAGCAUUUCAGACAUGUCCUAUGAGAUAGCAUCAUGCCGAAGGGCCAUACUGAAAGAGAUCAGAUGUCUUAAACCCAAUUAUGAUGUAGAGUCUGUAAGUCAGGUUUGUCUUACAAAGUUAUUGAAAAUAUUACUGAAAGUUGUAAUGGAGAAGGAAGAGGAAGUGCUGCACGUGUUCCAAGUGCAGAUGGAUGAAGUGUGCGCUAAGGCCAGUGACUAUGAAAGGGAGUAUGCUGAUAAAGACAGACGCAAAGAUUGCUGGGUUAGAGAGCUUGAGACAGAAGUUGAACGUCUUCAGGCAGAACUGACCAGGAUUGAAGAAGAAAAUAAGGCAUUGAAAAUGGAUGAUCAUUUAGAUUACAUUAAAAUCUUAGAGCAAGAGAAAGCUGAUUUAAUAAAGACAGUGAGACAGUCUGACAGUGACUUGGCAAUCGUCCAAAUAGAGGUGAAUAGUAUGAAUGAGAAGAUGAAAUCUUGUGACAAAGACGUGGCUAAAAAGAUGGAGGAUCUAGAAUUUCUUGUGGAAGAGAAAGAUUCCCUGAUAUGCCAGCUAAAGGAGGAACUCGAAAGUCAAUUAAAGAAGCAGGCGGACGUGGCGGUAUUAAGAAAAGAAAUUUUUGGCUUGGAAGAAAGCAAUGCUGUGCUUAACGAAAAACUGGAGAAGAGGAAUAAUGACAGUAGUUUGUUAUUAGAAAAGUUGGAGGAGCUUCAGUGUGCUGUGUUGUCGGAGAAGAAUAAAACACAGGACGUAAUGGCAAAAUUGGGUUCGUUAGAAACGGAGUUGAAGUCGUUGUCCAGGAAGAACUGUGACCUGAUAGAAGAAAUGAAUGCUAACAAAGAAGUUCAUUCGAUUUUAUUGAAAGAGAAGGAAUGCAGUUCUGAAAUGACGUUAAAUCUUAAAAGAGUUACAGAAGAUUUAGCAACGAAGCAAGAUGAACUAAAUUCAGAGAGAAAUCUCCGAUGCCAGCUUGAAAAGGAUGUGGCCAUUGUAGUUAAAAUGAGGGAAGAAAGUGGUCAGUUACAGAUGCUACAGCUGGAGGACGGGCUACAGAAACAAAAAGAAUUAGCUAUGAAAAAUGAGAAUUUGGCUGUUUACAUUACAGAACUUAAAGAUGAAGUUAAGAAACUUAGAGAUGAAAACGUAAGUUUAAGAGCAUCUUUUGAAACAUUAGUUGCUGAGAAAGAUGGCAUAAAUAGUGAAAUAGACGAUUUGAAAAAACAAUUGGUUAUGUGCCUGCAGGAAAAGGCUUCUUUGGCUGCAGAUUUCGUUCGUUUGCAAAAAUACGUGCAACAGCAGCAAGACGCACUUCGCAAUGAAAAUAGGAGUUCAAUUGACGAGACAGAUAAUUGCGCCCAGAAUCUGCAUUCAGAAAGCCAGUCGCUUAGUGCGAGACUGGCUGACGGGAUGGCACAUGAAAAUUCUGAGACCGAAUUAAAGAAACUAAAAGAAAAGCUGGAAAUCUGCAUGAAAGAAAAACUUGCUCUGGACGAUGAAAAUGAGCUUCUGGUGACUCGAAUCCGCGGCCUUGAGAACAUGCUGGAAACAUAUUGUGUGAUUAACAACGGUUUGGAAAAAUCUAAGGGAGUUCUAGAAGAAGAUAAAAGGAGACUUCUGUCAGAGCUUAGUGAUUCACACAGAAGACUUUCGGAUGCUGAGAGUGAAAUACGGGAAUUAAAAUUAAAAUCUCCUGCUCUAAAGGAUGGCAGUGUUUCACAAGAAAAUAGUAUCCUUCAUUGCAGUGUAAAAGAACUUCAAACAGAAAAUGAAAGUCUUCGAAAUAGAAAUGAAUUAUUGUUUCAAAAAAAUCAAAGUGCCAACCAAAAUAUUGCUGCACUUCAUGCGCAGUAUAGACAAUUAGAGACACACCUGGCACAGAGGACACAUGUUGCGAAAUUAUCUGUGGCUACCAACACCGAUAUUUCAGGCUCUUGCCAGUGCAAGGAAUUGGGAAAACAAGUCCAGGAACUGAAAGUCAUAAAUGCGGAGAGGAAUAAUAGAAUUGGGAUUUUGGAACUGCAGGUUAAAGCAGAAGAUUUUCCACAUCGGCAGAAAGUCAAAGAAUUGCAAGAUAGUCUUUCGUUCUACCAGAGCAAGAACAUGGAGCUUAAGACAGACUUACGCCGGUUGCACAAAAUUUUAAAACAUUCAGAACAAAUCUGCGACAGCUGUAGAAAGCGAAAUUCUGUCAAACCGAAACACGUCGCUAUACAAACGGAUGAAGUCAAGGAUGAAGAUUUCUCAAUGGCUGGCGGUGGUGGAAGCGGAAUUAUAAGGGAGGACCAACUGAUGAAGAUGCGAAUUAGGAUCCGUGAACUGGAAAGCAAGAAUGAAAUGCUCAAGGAAUUAUGCAGAUCAAGACGGCAACGAAUUUUAGAGCUGGAAGAGAUGCUGGAGGUUCAUCUUAGAUCGCGCGACAAGAAGAAAGAGCAUGUAUCAGAAUUGAGAGACGUGCAGGUAGUCGAGAGACCGAGUAAUCGUGCCGAUUCAUUGAGAGACGCGGGACAGGUACAACGCAGCCAGGAGUUCGGCAGCGGUCCGGUUAAUGUCGCGGCUGGUAAUAAAGAGAACUUCCUAGAGAGUCACAAAGCCCUAAUGAGACAGAGGAGAAAUAUGUACAGCAAGAACUAUAAACCUGAUGUACGAAGGCCCUUGAACGAGAAUAUCUCAGGUAUUCAAGAUUCGGACAUUUCUUUCGAGGAUUAAAUAUUAAAGACCUACUUCUUAUGCAUUGACAUCUAACAUUUUCAUAAUUCUAAGUGAUAUCUUAACAUAUAUAUAUAUUUUAUGUACAGUUCUGUCAUUUUUUAUGUCUCAAAUAAAAAUUGGUUUUAGUGUUAAACUUCAUGCAUUUUCUCAACUAUUUCUUGGCUUAAAUUUUUGAGAAUGUGUAUGAGUGUUAUUGUUAUAUGGUGACUUGUUUCAACUCAUCUUCAGACUACAUGGUGCAAUAACCCAGAAGACAGCCAUGUUCUUAGUCAUUGCAAAGAGAACCUCAAAUCUAGUGUUUAACUAAGACAUUUGUACAGGUUAUCAGACAGUUGGAUGAAAUUUGUUGGAUUUUAUGAAGAUAUAACUAAGUGUUUUUUAUAUUUAUAGGCCCUCAGAUUCGAACUCUGGCUACUUGGAUUGCUUUCUGUGAAUCUAGAAUUUUUGUUACUUCACAUUCAUUUCUCAAGUUUAGUUUAUGUACGGCCUGCAGUUCAUUUAUCAACAGAUGGGGUACAUUUAUAUACUCUUUAUAUUAUUUAUUUAUAGUAACGGGAUCAUUGCUGAACAUUUAUUGCCCCAUACUACGCUCUUAGUUGUAAAGGGUUGGGUGGGGGUGGUCUUACGCCCGCAAUGCAUCGUCGUCAUUUGUUUCGCGUGUCCGUUCUAUGACGUCACUUCUUGUUAUGUGUUGUGCAGUGGUGGUUUGUCUGUUUGAUAACCUUCAAUAUUGCUUUACCCCACAAAAUAACAUGUGUUAAUUUUAUAUUAUAAAGACACUAAUGUACAGUAUAUAAUAGUGUAAUUAUUCUCUUGGUUUGCCCUUUAACAUUCUUGUUCCUCGCAUAGCAGUGGAUGGUACGUAAAUUCUAAUAUAUUUGAAACAAUGAUUGGUCGUGGCUUAUUUUAAGGCGUUGCAUCGGGGUUUGAAACAGCGGACAACUAAAAUACAAGAUGGUCGUAUUCUGGGUUGUAGCGCCAUGUAAAGUGGAAGAAGUUUGCCAGUGUUUCAGAGGUCCAUGCUACCUCCAUUAUCAGGGUGAUGACUCGUCUUCGGACUUACCGUCUUGAAAACUUCAAAUCCUGCCUUAUAAUUUCGAAUUUUUAAAUCAGGAACGCACUUUGACGUCUGCGUGUAUAGUGUCUGAUUUAGUUUUGAAUGCUAUAUAAAAAAUAUUUUUUUACUGUACGCCACUGGAUAUCAGUUGCAUUGGUUGACACUGACAUCUUCUGGCCUGAGGUUAAGACAAUGCGAUACGACCAAUCGCAUUUGGAGUCGUUGCGGAACCAGCGGGAGGGAUAGAUGUGUUUCUGCCUGCUUGCCUGUCCUGCAAUUUUUGUGUAUCGUGUAAUGUGUUAAUACAUCAUCCAGUAUCGUAAGUUGCAUCAACUAGACGAUUUGCAAGAAUUGUUUAUUUAUGGUUCAGGAACUCAUUAACAUUAGUUUGUUGUUACACCGAGUUGGACAUUUAGUUAAAAAGAUUUGUGUCCAUUUUGGCAUUUUUUUUGUCGUGAUACGAAACUAACAAAGUUCGUAGCUGUGUGUUAUGGCAGAAACAUGAAUAUUAAAACUAGCGUGAAUUGUAAUAUGCCCGAGAUUAUUAUAGAAAUGGUUUGUAAAGUUCGUAAUCAAGUUUCAUCAUCAGACGUUUCGGUUGGUUUGUCUGUUGCAAAUCAUAAAUUAUGUAAUUAAAGCUAUACGAUUAGUGUAAAUUAA